GUUUCAUUAACAUGAUUAAGCUCAUUUGACAGAACAAUUUAAGUUCUCAAAGUGCAAGAAUGUAAAAUAAACUGUGCAUGAACCUGUCCUAAGAAGUAUGUGAUUCUGACAAUUUCUCACGAGUUUAUAUAGAUGUUACGCGGAAAUUCGUGACCAGCAAAUUAAAUAAGUUUGUCAUGUGCAAUAUUUUCCAGUAAAUCAACUGAUAAUAAAUUCCAAAGUACCGUACAAUAUGCUCCAACGUCACUAAACAUGUUAGAGAUAAGAAAAGGAAAGUGGUGCAGUUUUGUCCAUGUGUCUCUAACAGUUGUGGUUGGCUUGAAAGUAUAAAUAGAUUCCGAUGUUGUCAAUAUUAUAGUCCACUUUAUGAGUUUUGUCAGUAAUUUGUGCGGACGUUUUGUAUUAUUUACCUCAAAGCAUGGAUUUGGAGCUGCUCCAUGAUGACCGUGAUAUCGAAGUGCUGAGUCUGCUCGGUAGUGGUAGUGGCAAUGAAAGUAGCAAAUUAGGAGAAUUUGUACUGAUAAACACUCCGAAGAAAUCAACGAGCAAGGUAGUACCAGAGGGUUCUCAAAAGGAGAAGUCAACAAUCCAGUCAGAGCAGGAUAAGAUCAAGGAAGAUGAACCAGAGGAGUACGAUCUAGUGAUAGUUGGCUCGGGAGUAUCAGGGCUCUAUGCACUCUUCACAAUCCUUACACAACGACCUGAUUACAAAACCAAGAAGAUCCGCAUGAUAGAGCAAUCAGGAAUCAUCGGAGGAAGGCUCCGAACGGAUAUCAUCAAGGACCCAAAAUACAGCAGAUCACCCGAUACUAACAGCAGCACGGCUUUUGUAGCUUGCGAGGAAGGGGGGAUGAGGUUCUGCAUCCAACUAGACGAAGAAAAGGAAAUGAAACCAUCUAAAGAGCAGGUUAUGCCGUGUCUCGUUGAUCUUAUUGUAAAUUUACGGCCAUUCGAUGUUAAAAUGUAUAAUAUUGAGCGUUUCAAAAUGGUCCCCGAGGGUAAUGUGGACUUCAGGAAACAGAUGUUUAGUGGACAAAAUUUCUCUUCCUGGUAUGCCCAACAAAAUCCUGGGGUUUGGACGAAUAUAUUCUCUCUGGAUAAACGGGAACGUGAUCGUUCUCCCGAUCAAAUUUUUGCGGAGGUGUACGAGAAAAUACUUAAAGAGAACUAUCCACAACUCAUUAGUUUUCUCGGCGACAAAAAGGCAGCAAUCGUGCUGAAGCAGCAGGAUGAUUCAAAGAUCCGACUUAUCCAGGACACGGAUUAUUGGUACAAUUUCAGGAAAUACUUCAGUUGGAACAACGUUCCAAUAUAUCGGUACACUAUGAGGUCCUUAAUGACAGUUAUGGGUUACUCUCAGGGAUGCAUUAGGAUGCUAGAGAUGCAAGGGUUCCAGAGCUUUACCUUAGGUAGAGGUAAUGCAGGUACAAUCAUCCAGAUGGAUAGAACACACAAGGCCAUGUCAGACUCCUUUUACUGCUUCACUUAUGGAUUCAGCGCUUUGAUAGAGGCACUUGAAGCUGGUAUUAACAACCUGCUUGGACAGGAUGGCGCGGCUGGUGACAAUUGGGUGUGGCUAAAUCAGCAAGUUACAAAUAUUAAACUAGCUGGAGGGGCGGGUAAACUUAUUGGGGACUUUGGCACGGAGCUGUCAAUGAAAGAUAUCUCCAAAGACGACGGUAACAUCAAAAAGAUUAAAGCAAAGGAGCUCAUUCUUGCAAUCCCCAGGAAAUCCAUUGAGAGCAUCGAAAUUACAAAAAUCCCCCACCACGGUUACACAAAGUUCCGGGAGUUGAUAAACUCUGUGGUGGACAUUAACAUGACAAAGAUAAACCUGUACUUUGAUGAGUCUUGGUGGAACAAGGAUCACGGAGACUGUAGGAUGUACGGGAGUAGCACAACAGACCUGCCCAUAGCACAGGUGUACCCGUUCUACCCGAACAUUAAAGAUGAGGACGCAAUAAUCGACCCUCACCUCUGUGCCCUGACCAUCUACUGUGACGUGGAGAACUCCGGUUUCUGGAGUGACUUACAGCACUUGCCAGGGGUCUUUACUUCUGAUCUACAAGAGAAGUACCCGGAGUUGAAAGCUGCUUCCUUAGAGGUGGUUCAGGAGGCAUUGAGGGAGCUCAGAUUGCUGUUCAAUGUCAAGAACAUCCCUUAUCCGGUUUUGACGACGUACACUAAAUGGGCAGGGGACGCUGACAACACGAACCCAGUAGCGAUACACCAGUGGAAGAGAGAUGUUGACGACAGAACUGUGAGACGCCAAAUAGUGAAGCCAUUCCCAGAUAGCAACGUAUUCGUGUGUAACGAAGCUUGGAGUGAGUUCCAAGGUUGGGUGGAGGGUAGUCUCAUGUCCACUAAGGAGGCUGUGGAGGCACUGCUCAAAAACACGUCUUAGGAGUGUCAGUAGGAACAUGCGGAGACAUUGGAGACAAGAAAUCAGCUGGCCUGAAGGCAGAAGAAUAUAGUGGUUAUAGAAAUGAGAGAGAAGCAUCAUACUCAAGUUUGGUUGGAGGAGAACAAUUAGCCGAGAUUUGCUGUGAUAUCCGAUGCAGAAUUAUCAAGAAGUUCACGAACAAUAAAUAUGUUGUUGGUUUCAUUUUUGAGAGCUAGGUCAGGUCGCUAUUUUGAAGUUUUCAGGGUAUGUUUUAUAUUUUAUAGUUUUGCACGAAUAGAAGCAAAGAAACAUUUGUUACAACGUUGAAGAAUUCGUCAUUUCUUAGGAAACUACAUGGUUCAUAGAUGAUAUUUAACAUAAAACAAAAUAGUAAUUGAAGGGGCUGCGAGAAUAAUAAAUUACUUUUAAACGAUUUAAA